CGAGAGGUUACGGAGGGUACACAUGUUGUCACGUAACCGUAGCAUUUGACACGUCAAACCGAUCAGUCUCCCGUUAAACCGGAUAAGCAUUAAACGGGUGAUCAUGACCAUGAUGUUCCCCGUCGACGUGAACGCAUCUAUGAGCGACCUAAACCUUUUAAACUAGCUCUUUCUAUUUUACGCGCUGAUCGAAGUUAGGAAAGGAGGCGAUCUGGAUUCUUACUGUUACGGGAUGUGAUGCGAGGGAUCGACCACCGAACAUGCCAAAAUUUCGAAUGCUUCCGCGUACCUCGCGCAUCGUGGCAUUAUGUUCCGCCGCGAAUUUCAUAAACGCAGCGGAUCGCGUUAUAAUGCCCGUAGCGAUCGUCCCCAUGGCCGACGAAUUCAAAUGGAAUCUGUAUUGGCAAGGCUGGAUACUCUCUGCCUUUGCUUUCGGUUAUUUUACUAGUCAGAUUAUCGGUGCAAGUACAGCGAGUCGUUUUGGGUGUAAAACGGUACUAAUGUUGGCUGUUUUAUUGUGGUCUAUUAGCACGGUCGUAACUCCGAUUUUAGCACAGUCGGUUCCACUGCUCAUCGUUUGUAGAGUGGUUUUGGGACUCGGAGAAGGCCUAGGUCUACCAGUUAUUUUUCACCUGUUUGCUCACAACGUACCCGUGGAGGAGAGAUCCAGAGCAUUUGGGUACCUUGUAGCAGCUGGCUCUGUAGGACAAGUGGUUGCAUCCGUUCUGUGCCCACAUUUGUCGUGGCAAACAGGAUUUUAUUUAUUCGGUAUAAUUGGUAUUGUAUGGACACUUCUAUGGUUGAUACUUUACCACGAGACUAAUUCUCAAGACGAAAUUCCAUUAUUUGUACCUAAGGUAACGCAAAAUCGAAGUUUACGAUGGACGGAAUUCAUUUCGCAUUGGGCUCUGUGGGCACUGUACAUAGCACAUUUCGCAAUGAAUUGGAGCAACUAUAUAAUAAUGCAAUGGUUACCGACUUAUCUAGCCAGGAGUCUCUCUGCCAACAAAGAGAGUAUUAGUUUCACGGCACUUCCGUAUAUUGUCAACUCUCUCGUUGGCAUAGUUGCCGGACACAGUGCCGAUAAUUUAAUACAGAAGAGAUGGUCCGUUUUGUCUGUGAGAAGGUUGAUGACAAACAUAGGCCUGGUCGGUCCCGGCGCGUUCCUGUUAGCUUUCUGCGCCGUCGACAAUUUGCUCGCUGCAGUGAUCUUCGUGUCGAUCUCCAUGGGGCUCUGCGCGUGCAAUUCUGCCGGCCACCUGAGUAAUCACGCGGACAUAGCGCCUAAUCACGCAGGAAUCACGUUUGCAGUUUCAAAUACAAUUGCAACUGUACCGGGUAUUCUGUGUGGCCCGUUAACAGCCGAACUUGUGACUGCGUCGCACGGUCGUUGGAUGCCCGUUUUUGUUCUGGCUGCAGCGAUCAAUUUCACGGGGGCCAUCAUAUACCAAAGUCACAGUUCCGCGCUUCCGGUAUUGUGAUGAUUAUAGGUGUUUCAACUGAAAGUCUUUUACCGGAAUCAACGAAGAUGCGCGAUUAAAACUCCGCUCCGUAAGCGCACCUUUCUCGAUUGUGGCUGACGAGAAUUUUAAUGACAUGGCGCGUUUACGCGUUAUUUGAAGACAUAUCAAAGCAUAGAGGAAACUUAUGUCGAAAGAGAAUUCCCGAUAUUGUUUAUCGUUCGGCUUCGCAGCUUCCGUCGAUCUAACGCCUACCGUUCGUUACACAGAAGCACAGCGUUCAUAGUUUUCUGUACGCGCUGGAAUUGGUUGAAUGGUUUCCUCACCGAAUCGUCAAAUAUAUAUAUAGUCUGAUUAUUUUCAAUUCGUAUGUUUUAACGAAUACAUAAGAAAAUAUCUUGUGAUACGUUCUAAUGUCAGGAUGAGAGAGAAUUUCAUUUUAAACACGACUGUAUAUGCAUGAAAAAUGAGACUGUAUACAAAGAAGAAGAGAUUUAACUUUCACAUAUUACGACUUAAAUAUGUUUGGCGCACCAUCGAAAUAGAAAUAUAUUAAUAAUUAAUAUACGCAGUGUAUCACAGUAAGUAAAUAAAAAAAUAUAUGUUUUCUA